AUGACGCCCACGCUCACGAACCGGUCCGAGUCGCCCGGCUCGCUCGACCUCGAGAAGAAGGAGGAGUUCCAGGUCGAGGCCGUCACCUCGGCGGCGAUGAACGAGGACGACAUCGCCUUCCUCGCCUCGUUCGACGACAAGCGCAAGGCCCGCAUGUACCGCAAGAUCGACAUCCGUCUGCUCCCCAUGCUCGCGCUGCUGUACCUGUUUGCAUACAUCGACCGCGCCAACAUUGGCAACGCCAAAAUCGAGGGUCUCACCGUAGACCUCCAUCUCGACGGCACGAAAUACAAUACUUGUCAAUCUAUAUUCUUCGUAACUUACAUCCUAUUCGAAAUCCCAGGUCAGUUUGCAUCGCUUUCGCGAAAGAAGCGAAGAAAGAGCAUUGGAAACGGUGGAGAAAACAAGCUGACAACAUCAGGAAACAUCAUCCUCGAAAAAUUCUUCAAAAAGCGUCCCUCCUUCUAUCUCUCUGCCCUGACCAUUCUCUGGGGUACAUGCAUGACACUUCACGGUGUCGUGCAGAACUACGGCGGCAUGAUUGCUGUGCGCCUGGCCCUCGGCAUCUGCGAGGCGCCCUUCUUCCCAUCGGCCGUCUUCCUCUCCUCGGUUUGGUACCCCCGUGAGAUGCUCAACUCUCGUAUCGCCCUCUUCUACACUGCAUCGGCUAUGGCUGGUGCCUUCUCUGGCCUGCUCGCUUUCGGUAUCGCCAAGCUCGGCGGCGUUGGCGGUAUCGCCUCUUGGCGCUGGAUCUUCCUGCUCGAGGGCCUCGCCACUGUCGUCCUUGGCAUGAUUGUGCCCUUCAUCCUCCCCGACACGGCAGAGACGAGCAAGUUCCUCGACGCCGACGAGAAGCGCUACAUGGCCCUCAUGGGUACUGCGCAGGACACGUCUGCCCACGCCGGCGACGGAGACCACGAGAAGGUCUCGCGCUGGAGCGUCUUCAAGAGCGUCAUCACCGACUGGCAGCUCUACCUCCAGGGCAUCGUCUACUGGUCCAACACUGUCCCGAACUACGCCAUGAAGUUUACUCUUCCUACCAUCCUCAAGACGAUGGGCUACACGAACGCAAACGCCCAGCUGCUCUCCAUCCCGCCCUACGUCGUCGGAGCCACCACGGCGUGCCUCGCCGGCUUCUUCAGUGACCGCUUCCGGAAACGCAUGCCGUUCAUCGUCGCGUCGCAGGCCGUCGUCAUCGUCGCCUUCAUCAUCAUCAUGCCACUGCGCUUCGAGCCAAAGAAGUACAUGGGCCCAGUGUACAUGUCGCUCUGUCUCGUGUGUGCGGGCGUGUACCCCAUUGGUCCGGGCUGCAACACGUGGACAGCGAACAAUCUCGCCGGCCCCGCAAAGCGCGCCAUGGGCGUCGCCUUUGUCAUCUCCCUCUGCAACGUCGGCGGUAUCAUCGGUGGGUACAUCUACCUGGACCGCGAGAAGCCCCACUUCACCACCGGAUACGCGGCGUCGCUUGGCUUUGCGGCUGCCGGUGUCCUCGCCGCGCUCACGCUCGAGUUUGCCUUCACCCGCAUCAACAAGAAGAGGGAGGCGAUGUCCAAGGAGGAGAUCGACGCAAAGUACGCGCCCCAGCAGCUUGCGCAGAUGGGCGACAGGUCGCCGUACUACAGUAUCAUAUCGACCUGUGGGGUCCUUGGGGGCGGCGCUCUGAUCAGGGUCGCGGAUGAUAACGAGGAGACGCAGCUCGAGCGCCGAUUUAACGACGUUUGCUCCCUCAAGCCCAUCUGUUCCUGGUACCACCCCAGGGUCCGGUCGAUCGAUCCCGAGCAAAUCGCGGCGGAAUCGAGGCAGACCAUCUCGAACAGUAUUAGCCAUUGCGACCUGAUCGGCGCUCGUGCCAUCGAUGCCGCAGAAGGCGCAUUGGAUGCGGGCACCCCGCAAAAGUUGGCCCCGGGAUCCUCCCGCAAGUACAACCUCCACUGGGGCGAGACCAACCCCGUCCUAGCCGGCAUCACGGCCGGCCGCGACCCCGUGUACGCCUAUUCUCCAGGCCGGGACAAGCGCGGCUUCGCAGACGGCGUCGGCCACAUUCUUCAGUUCCUGUGCGACGAUAUCUUCCCCGACCCUGUUCGAGCGCAGUAUAGGACACUGUUCGGAACCCUGUUAUGGCCCGCGUCCAGUGCAAGAACGACAAAGCCCAGGUCAAGUUCGUAA